AUGGACACAUCCUCCGGUUACUGGUUUUUCUACGGCACUGCGACUGAUCACCAUUAUGAACCGUUUUCGCGCUUCGACUCGGCACAACCGACUACCUGGUCGUGGCCUUGCGCUGGUAGCGAGGGGCGAGCAGAGAUCUCGGCUGCUCAGUUAGGGACACCCAGGGACAACAUUCCUCUUCACACCAAUCAUAGCUGGGAGCACCUCGACAGACAAUCCAUGGUUUCCCACACAACGACCCAAUCUCCACUCCAGAUCGAUACAAAGCCCAAGCCAGACCCGCUGGACUGGGGCUCAGACACCUCGUUCCAAGCAAACAACAGAUACAAUAUCCCCGCGCACCAGCCCAGCGAAAAGGACACGGUGGACAGGCUCCUCGAGAAUACAAAGUGGCUCAUCUUGCACUACGAGGACGUAUCCGGGAGGCUACUAACAAGACCCAGGCAGAUCAUACGGGGCAGGCCCCGGGGGUCUGUGAACAAGCUGCCGCGGAGGAGGGCUGCUAGGACGGACUACCUGAAGAAGGCUGCGCAUAUCCGGUCUGAGCAGCAGCGGCGGGAUGUGGUGAAUAAGGGGUUUGAGGAGCUGAAGGGUCUUGUUCCAGGGCUGAGGGGCCAGAGCUUCUCAAAGAGCGACACGCUUCAUGUAGUGUGCGAUUGGAUUGAGGAGUUUUCGCAGGUGAAUGAGGGUUUGAGGGCGGAGUUGGAGGAGCUGGACAGGAAUAUGCGCCAGCCGGGAAUUUGA